CACCAUUUUGUCUUUUCUCUCUCUCUCUCUCUCUCUCUCUCUCUCUUCUCAAGCCCACCAUAACUCCACCUCUCUCCUCCCUAGAAGAAAUUCAAAACAGUCAGGCGGACUUCCCUUUAUCCCUAUCCCAUACCCCAUAAUCCCAUACAUAGGGAUUGACGCAAUUUCAUAUCCGCACGUACGAGUAGAGUUAUCUAUCACUGAUGACAUCCACGACACUGAAAGUAGCUGCAGCAGCAGCAGCGAGGUCAUGGUCAUGGUCAUGGGCUUCGACAUCAGGAUAACAAUCCCAAUGACAUCAACCCUGACAUAACCCCGAGAAAAAAGCCCACCCUCUCUCUAAAAACUUCUACCAUAAAUAGAGGGUUGUGUUCGUACAUAUGGCAUCCACGGCACCUUGGCUGCAUUAUUCUCCGGGCUUCAAAAUCACAUGCGCUAAUUCGUUACCCUCCCCUAAUUCUUCUUCUGCUGCUGCCGCUGCUUCGUCUUCCUCUCCUAGUUGUUCGUCCUUCGAUAAUCGACACGCUUUUGGUUGGAAUUGGAACAACUUCUCUAAUUUUUCCGGAAUUAACAAUAUUUGGAAACAACAAAGCAUUAGAGCUCAAGCUAUGGGUACCACUCAAGGCAAUGGUACAUCACCGAGGGCCAGUGCUCUUGUGAAAGAUGAACCUGAUCAUCUUCUUGUCCUUGUUCAUGGCAUCAUGGCGAGUCCAAGUGAUUGGAUAUACGUAGAAGCAGAGUUGAAGAGGCGCCUUGGAAGGAACUUUUUAAUCUACGCUAGUUCAUGCAACACAUUUACAAAAACAUUUGCUGGGAUUGACGGGGCUGGAAAAAGAUUAGCUAAUGAAGUCAUGCAAGUAGUUAAAAGGACUGACAGCUUAAAAAGGAUCUCCUUUUUAGCCCAUUCUCUUGGUGGAUUGUUUGCCAGAUAUGCAAUUUCCGAACUUUAUUCACCAGCUGCCUUAAGCACUGAUGAGUGUGAUGAAGUCCCUGCUUCUACUAAUUCAAAGUCAAAAACAGCAUCCCCUUCAAGAAGAGGUUUGGUUGCAGGGUUGGAGCCAGUCAAUUUUAUUACCCUGGCAACUCCACAUCUUGGGGUGAGAGGGAAGAAGCAGCUUCCACUUCUCUUGGGGUUUCCAAUCUUAGAAAAGCUUGCUCCAUCAAUCGCUUCCAUUUUUGUUGGCCGAACUGGUAGCCAGUUGUUCCUCACCGAUGGUAAACCCAACAAGCCACCUCUUCUAUUAAGAAUGGCAUCUGAUUGUGAAGAUGGAAAAUUUAUAUCAGCCCUUGGUGCGUUUAGAUGCCGUAUUCUUUAUGCCAACGUCUCAUAUGACCACAUGGUUGGUUGGCGCACAUCCUCUAUAAGAAGGGAGACAGAACUUUUUAAGCCCCCUCUUCAAUCUCUCAAUGGUUACAAGCAUGUUGUUGAUGUUGAGUACUAUCCACCAGUUUCAUCCGACGGUCCCCAUUUUCCUCCAGAAGCAGCUAAAGCAAAGGCGGCAGCACAGAAUGCACCCAACACAGAGAAUACUGUUGAGUAUCAUGAAAUUAUGGAAGAGGAAAUGAUACGUGGCUUGCAACAGUUGGGAUGGAAAAAAGUUGAUGUCAGCUUUCACUCAGCAAUCUGGCCAUUCUUUGCCCAUAACAAUAUUCAUGUUAAAAAUGAAUGGUUUCAUAAUGCUGGAGCUGGAGUGGUGGCGCAUGUUGCAGAUAGCCUAAAGCAACAAGAAACGCUUCAAGACUCUAAUUCAUUCAUUGUCGCUAGCUUGUAGCUCCCAAUUGUCUUCUAGCGCUUGAAAAAAUGAGACUAUGUUGAUUACACAAUUCAUUUUUUCGGCCUGGGAUUGUGAUGUACUGUUGAGAAAUGAUAUUCAAUAGAAAAAAUGUAAAUGGCCCCCAAUAACAAUUUAUUUCGUUGUACAAUUGUAGAUCAUCGAACUUUUUGGCAUUAACUUGAGUCUUUUGUGCUA